AUGAAGAUAUUAAGUGGUUCCCCACAGGCUGACAAACCGCACACACCUGUUAUAUCUCUUGAUUGGACAGAAUGUUUAGACAAACGUCCAACUGAUCGUACUAGUGAUGAUCUCGAUACAAUAUUUUCAAAAUUAAAAGAUGUUAAAGCAUUUGAAAAAUUUCAUCCAUUACUUAUUCAACAACUUUGUUAUUAUAGUUACUUUGAAAAUUUAGAAAAAGGUGUUACACUCUUUCGUACAGGUGAUCUUGGUGCAAAUUGGUUUGCUAUAUUGAGUGGUAACGUUGAUGUUUGUGUUCCAGCUGAAAAUGGCAAAGGUCAUACACUUAUUUGUACUUUAGAAGCUGGCGCUGCUUUUGGUGAAUCUAUUCUAUAUGAUACACCUCGAAAUGCGACAGUAAUAACAUCAUCAAUAGUGAUGCUUCUAAGAGUUGAACAGAAAGAUUUUAAGAUCUUAUGGGAGCGUAAUAAACAAUAUAUGCAUGGUGUUAUAACUAGUCUUAGUCGGUUAACGAAUACAUUAGAUCCAAAACGUCGUGCUUCUGAAUUUGAUCCAUCAUUACUUCCUCAAGUUGUAAGUUCAAAAUUCUUCAAAGAUGAUCCAACACGAAAUCCCGCUUUACCAAUUGUACCUGCUGCUUCAGUACGAAUUCAACAUGCUGCUUAUGUAUUAAGAACAUGUAUACUGGGCAAAGCUCCACAAAUGAUACGUGAUCGUAAAUAUCAUCUUAAAAUGCAUCGAAGUUGUUUAGUUGGUUCCGAAAUGGUUGAUUGGCUUAUUCAUCAAAGUCCUAUAGUUCAUUCGCGAAGUCAAGCAGUCGGCAUGUGGCAAGCAUUAUUAGAAGAAGCAGCUAUAGCACAUGUAUCACAAGAACAUUAUUUUAAAGAUAAAUAUUUAUUUUAUCGUUUUUCUGGUGACGAAGAUGGAAAAUUGACAAAACCGGGUCCUAGUGAACAAAAUGUAUGUGAAGAACAAUUAAAUGAUGUUAUUGUUACUUUAGCACAAGUUGGACCUGAUGCAAUGCUUCGAAUGAUAUUAAGGAAACCACCUCAUGAACGAACAAUUGAUGAUUUAGAAAUAAUUUAUGAUGAAUUAUUACAUGUCAAAGCUCUUUCACAUUUAUCAUCUCUUGUUAAACGUGAAUUAGCUAGUGUAUUAAUAUUCGAAGCUCAUCCAUUCAAAGGCGAAUGA